ACCCGCUGAAUCCGAGCACACGUAGCAAUAAUGACCCUAUAAACGCAGUAUAGAGAAAGUUUGAAAAUGUUAAAUCAUAGCCAAAAGUAUUACUGUUUGUGUGUUGUACGUGCGCAGUUACAUUAUAGAAAACAUUGUCCAUCAAGAGGUUGGAGAAAUGGAUGAUACAGAUUUUUAAACCUUUUGUCGACCAUUAUGAAAGUUUGGGGGCAAUAGGAAAGUGGUUAAUUUGUACCUUUUUAAACCAUUUGUUUACAGCAUGUGCCAUCCACUUUACAAAAUAACUUUCAGCUUAUCAAUCUGAAAAGCAAACGAUUAAUUGAUAAGGAGGAGAAAGGUUUAAUUUGAUACAAAAGAAAAGGUUGCUGGGGGAGUCCGUAGGGUUGAUCAAUCGGGUUUGAAUCACUACCCCCUCCAUCCGUUUAAGUUCCUCGUCGACUCUAAUUGGUUGGCUGCACUCGCGGUUGUUGGUCGAAUUGGUCGGUGUCUAGAGGCGGAGCGCAGCGCGCGCAGAAUGAAUUACGUAAGGCGGGAGCUAUCCUUUUACUUACCAAAAUUUAAACACUUUCUUGAGUUCCGCCGGAUUAAGCAAGCGAGUUUAUCGAUUAGUUAUAGUCAUCCAACAAGCGGGAUGAUAUUAAUACUAUUUCUUGACGGUAACUUUUAAACGCCGAUAAAAUAUAUAAUGGUGUAUAUUUCAACAAGACUUUUUCGUAUGUCUCCGGGGUUCGUCUGCCUAUUACAGAAUUUAUCGAUAAGCCGUCUCUAGUAUGAGAAAACGGGCGCAUUUUGUGUUCCUGUUGAGGAUCGAUUGUGUUUGGUUUUUCUGAACGGUGGAGAUCGUGAGAGGUCUGACUAGUGAAAAGGACACCGAUCCUUUGGAGGUAUUCUAAGGAGUUCCGCAGUUACAGUGGGAAAUGGUAUUUUUAGAGCCGCAUUCAAGGGCAGAAAGAACUCCCCUGAAGAUAUCUUCUUCGCUUUUAGUAUCUGGAGAAAUCAAUCAAGAUAUGAAUUCUUUGACAACACCCACAAAAGGAAAAGAAUCUCUUGUUUGUGAACCAUGGACUCCCACAGCAAAUCUCAAAAUGCUCAUCAGUGCAGCAAGCCCAGAGAUCAGAAACAGGGAAAUGGAACUGGGUACAGAUGAUCGGGAAGUUGCAGGUUCCAUAGAUGUUUCACAGGAAAACCUGAUGGAAGAUGAUCCAGAUAAACUUCAGCCAAGUAGAAAAGAAAAGAGUUUAGGUUUGCUCUGUCAUAAAUUCCUUGCACGCUACCCUGAUUAUCCCAACCCUGCACUAAAUAACAAUAUUUGCCUUGAUGAAGUAGCAGGAGAGCUAAGUGUAGAAAGAAGACGAAUCUAUGAUAUUGUAAAUGUACUUGAAAGUUUGCAUAUGGUGAGCCGGCUUGCUAAAAACCGUUACACCUGGCAUGGGCGUUGUAACUUGAUUGAAACUCUAGCAGCCUUGAAGAAGGUUGGCGAGGAGCAUCAAUAUGCAGAACAAAUGCAGCAGAUAAAACAGAAAGAUUUUGAGAAAGAAUUUGAGUCUGAUAAUGAAGAAAAAGAAAACAAGGUGUCCCAUAAAACUAAACGGAACGAGAGUGAUUUUGGACAUAAAGAGAUGUGUUUUGUAGAACUUCCUGGAAUGGAAUUUAAAGCAGCUUCUGUAAAUGGCAGGAAGGACAAAUCCUUGAGAGUCAUGAGUCAGAAAUUUGUAAUGCUCUUUCUGGUGUCGACGCCUCGUAUUGUAAGCUUAGAAGUUGCAGCCAAAAUUCUUAUUGGGGAAGAUCAGGUGGUGGAUUUAGAUAAGAGUAAAUUUAAAACUAAAAUCAGAAGACUGUAUGACAUUGCUAAUGUAUUAAGUAGCCUUCAGCUGAUAAAAAAGGUCCAUGUUACAGAGGAGAGGGGACGGAAGCCAGCAUUUAAGUGGACAGGACCAGAGACUUUCCCCAGUUUACAGGAUUCAAAUCCUCUGAUCGCUACUACCUCUGUUAACCCAACUCCUUUAAAUUCUCGAUCCUCAAUUGAGAAUUGCACUAAAAAUCUUUUUCCUGAUUCCAAUGCUAAGCAAUCCUUUACUCGACAUCCAUCUCUUAUUAAAUUGGCCAAAAGUAUUGAUGAUGACAGAAGAAAAAUAAAUUCUGCACCCAGCACACCUUUGAAGAAAACCUGCAGAUGUUCAUCAGAGAACAGCACUGGCCAAAUACCCUUAGUCUGCAAAUCUCAACUUGAAGAAUACACAAAGUCUGACAAGCAAAAAUUGGAUGUACAAAAUGUAGAACAUCAGCUACAGACAAAAGGAAACAACGGGAUAGGUACAGUGAAGCCAGUGUUAACGUCCGAAUUCCGUGGUACAAUAGCUUCACCAACAGACUCUUUUCAGCUAAAAACUGCAUUACCUAUAGCCCAGUCUUCUCUUAUUCCAAUGUUGUUACCUCAAAGCCAUAACAAUGGCCCUUAUGCCAUCUAUUUUCAUGCUCCAUCAGUACGGCCAAUGGCCAAUCCAUCUAGCUUAGCUGUGCGAUCAAUGACAUUUGGAGAAAUCUUGUCAAAUUCUGAAAGUCCAUCUCACAGAUGUAGUGGAACCAUGACAUCUGCUUCACCUGCCAAUGAAAAAGAAAUCAACACAGAAGGUGCAAAUCAGUUUCAAAACAUUGGCACGCCAGAAAAAAAUUUAAAACGUGUUCUUGCUGAGAAGAGUCCAGAAGAUAGUUCUCCAAAACGAGCCAAAGUUCAAAUUCAAACAUCAGCAGCUUAUAGGGAUAUGUCAUCUACUGAAAAGCAGCAACACAACACUUACCAAAAGAAUCCUGCAUUACAUAAAGGUCUUGUAACAAACAGGCCUACUUCUAGAGCUCUGCAUUUAGAGCCAGAAUUUAUUAAUACUCCAGAAGUGAAGGACAAUUUUUCAGGGAAUGCUGGAAAAAGUGUGGAAUAUUUACUGGCUAAUGAAGAGAAAGGCAGCAUAGCUGAAGCAGGGCUUACUCCUCUGAGAACUCUCUCAAUACCAGCAUUCACAAUUCCUGCCCACCUUCAGGCUGAAACAUUAAUACCUACUGGCUAUCUUAUUCCUUUAACAUCACAGUCAGUCCUUGGUUGUUCAGGAGAUUUAGAUCCAGAAAGAAAAGCUGAACACAAUUCAGUUGUAUACCCCGGAGCUUUCUCAUCACCAACUACAGGAAUGGCAUCAGUGUCUCCGGAUUGUCCCAGAUUUACUUCUCCAAUUGGUGCUGCUUUAUCUAAAGCCUCUGUUUCUUCAUUUCCACGAAUGAACCAGUCUAGCCCAUCCAUGGCUUCAAACCAUCACCUUAAUAGUCCUAGUCCAGCUAUACUAAACUUCACACUACAGAAUUUAGGAUUAAUUUCCCCGGGAAUUCAGGCACCUGUAGAGCAUGUGAGCCCUAUUCCAAAUCAUUUUGGUUUUCAGCAAGGAGGGAUGAUCUUUGUUAAGCCAGUGUCUCCUGUACCUAUUCAGCAUCAGAUUUCUGCGCAGCCUGUUACAUUAUUGAGUUUACAGCAGUCUCCAGUGCUGGCAGCACCUAAAGGAAUGCCAUCCUUACAGAAGGAAACCUUUUUUCACACGCCAGUUUCUGCAGCAUGUCAGCUCGCAACCGUGAGUUCUUCUGUCCCUCGGAUAUCUCGGCCUUCUUAUGUACCACAAAGGAAACUUGAAGUUAGUUCUGAAGAUAGAUAGUUAGUUAGUUAGUUAGUGGCAGUAGCAGCAGACUUGUGCUUGCUUGCUCACUAAAUACCUUCUGUUUGUCAUCUUCCUGAGCCGCAGUGUUUCACACUUUUUUGUUGAGAUAAUUUGAACUUGGAGCUGUGCCUUAUAGAACUGGAGAGCAAACUGAGCUCCAAAGUGAUUUAUACAAUCUAUUUAAAAAAACUUGUAAAGUACACUAUUACAAAAUGACUUUAAAGUGCCAUCCUCCGAGAGAUAAUAUACAUUUUAAAAAAUGAAUUAAUUGACAAACUUAAUUUAUUUCAGCGAAGAACUUUUUCAGAGGCUAUGUAGUUUUUAGUUUUUAUUAGUAAUUUUGCCAUUUUCGAGUAAUGUUUUAAGAAUAUUUCCAGAAUGUUGCAACUAAAAACACAUUUUAUAAUUGGAUAUGUUCUUGGAAGUUAAAACAAAAGCAUGCAACAGUGUUUAAUUGUACCCUUUAGAUACCUACAUACAUCUGUGUAGUGAGCAAAGCCGUGAGCUCCAAGGAUUACUCAGACGUUCUCUUGCUGUUGGUAAUCCUUUUUGGUACACUAUAGAGUAAUUAAUUUACCUCCAGUAAUUCAUUGCUUUGGCAAUGGAGGCUUGAUUUAUACUGUGUAUUAAAUAAACAUUUAUGAAAAGAGCCAUAAGUAUUGUAACUUUUUACAAAUCUGUAGCUAUUUAACUGUAAAACAUUGCACAAUUAUAUUUUUUUCAUGUAAACUUUUGAUGUUGCUGUACAAAAUGUAUUUAUGUAAAGUAUUUUCUUGAUUAGCCUGGUCCAGCUCUUUGUAUUUUCAUUAAUUUAUCACAGGUGUUCAUUAUUUGGGGAAAAUACAAUUUUUUUUAUAUAUAUAU